AUGACCGCCGCGGUGAACAACGAUGUUAUCAAGUUCAUGAAGACGGAGUUCGCGCAGCCCGUCGUGCCGAUGUCGCACUCCUUCCGCUCCAAGGUCGAGAAGUUCCAGCAGUCCGGCCCCGAGCACGCCCCUCCGUCGCCCGAGGAGCUCGCCCGCCGCCAGGCCGAGGCCGAGGAGCGCCGCAGGGCCCGCCUGGAGCGCGUGCAGAAGGCCGCCGCCGCCAACCUCGCCAAGGUGACCGAGGCCGCCGCGCGCCGCGACGCCGCCGGCGGGCUGACCGCCGCGGACAUCGCCGCGAAGCAGGCCGACGCCGAGGCGCGCCGCAGGGCCGCGGAGGAGUCGCGGCGGGCGGCGUGCCUGCGGGAGGCGGAGCGCGUGGAGUGCGCCGCGAAGCGCCGCGAGCAGCUGGCGUCGACCUCGCGCGACAAGAUCGACCUGCGGCUGACGGAGGCCGAGCAGCGGCGCGAGGCGCGGCUGGAGGAGGUGCGCGCGGCGAACAAGGAGAAGGACAGCAAGGCGCAGGCGGCCAAGGCCGCGGGCGAGGAGAAGCAGGCGGAGGCCGCGGAGCGGCUGAGCGCGAAGAUGGAGGCCGCGGAGGCCAAGCGCGAGGCGCGGCUGGAGGAGGUGCGCGCGGCGAACAAGGAGUGGGAGACCAAGGCGCAGGCGGCGCGCGCGCAGGCCGAGGAGAAGCAGGAGGCGGCCGCGGAGCAGCUGCGCGCCAAGCUCGAGGCCGCGGAGGCCAAGCGCGGGGAGAUCCUCGAGGAGGCGAAGCGCAGGGCGGGCGAGCACGUCGGGCACGCGCGCGAGGUGGCGCAGCAGGCCAAGGAGCGCCACGCGCGCAAGGCGUCGGUGGACGCGGACAACUAG